UGAUACUCCGUCAUGCCUACACUAUCCAUGAUUGUGCCUCGUGCUUUAUCGUGCAAAACACCCCGUUGGUCUGGCACCUCUCUUGGACCUUGAUUCUUCUCUCCAAUCCCUCUUCCAAUGUACAUCUGUGGCUCCUAUAUCGACUGCCACUAGAGUGUGCUUAUAGUUUCGCGUUCUGUAUCGUCGUUUCUGCCAACGAGUCCUCCAUAUCCUAUCCGUCCGACCUUACCCUGUGUUUUGUAUCGCUACCAUAGCCACAUGACACACUCGUCAUUCUCCUCGCUUCGCACGAUAACACCCGACAACGAUGCUGGAAGAUGCACAAGAGUAUGAGAUACUAGACAACAUGGCACGACAGAGUCCUCCAGGACCAACAGGGUCAGGCCUAGCCAGUGCCUCUGGUCAGACUUUGACGAGCGGAGAACGAAGUAUACCCUCGCGCUCGGGACCUCUCACCAGCAAUCCGCCAUCCAUAUUUUCCGCUGGACCUCCUGUUCCCCCAACUCUCACAGUCGAGUCUCCAUCGUCAAGCUCAACUUCCUCACGUACCCUUACAGCCCUAUCACGCCCUUCCACGAACCCAGGCCGCAGAACCACGCGCUUCGACGGUCCCUUGACUGAAGAUGAGAGCAGUGCAGAGAACCCGAUCCCACGAGCAGAAAAAGAUGCAGAUGAUCCCACUACACCUUUGACGCAUACUCGCUCCUACGACCGUUCGAGAGAGUACACAACGUUGACAACUCUGAGCAAACUGUUCGCUGCCAAUUUUUCUCCCGAGUCGUCUCGACAACCUUCGUACACCAGGUCUAUCACAGCUCUCUGUCCUCGGCCCCUUAUAAAUGAAUCUGCCUCUCUUCCCGACCACCUCUAUACCAGAGGCCUUCUCGAAGGUCGACAUUCGGAUAUAUCUGUGUGCGCUUUCGGUCGUAAAUAUCCCCUCCAUAGAAUUAUACUUGACCGCGCACCAUUCUUCACUACAGCAUUGUCGGAGCCCUGGAUUGAGAGCACAGCGAAAGAGAUAACGCUUCACCCCGACGAGAUAGAUCCAAGCAUUACACAGAACUCAUUUGAGCUUGCCUUGAAACGAUUAUAUGGUUGCAAGGUUACCGAAGAGGAGGAGGAAGCGGAAGCUGUCGGGCUAUUCGCCACAGGAUGCUGGCUCGAAAUGCAAGGUUUGGUAGAUUCGAGUAUCGACGCCAUCCUACGACAAAUGAGCCCAGAAACCCUUUCGCCGCUUGUCAGACUAGUGACAGCUAAUUAUUAUGGUCAGUCAGGAGAGCGUAUUCUUUCGUCUGCCAAGUCGAUGCUGUGUAGAGACGGGUGGGAAAUGCCUCUGCGCUACUGGGACGGAAUUCCAGGGGACAUAAUCCGAGAGAUCAUCGGGGGUGAUGGCUUCUUUGUUGACAGUGAAUGGGCACGUUGGGUACUGGCAAAGAGGAUUCUAGACCGAAGACUUCGCCAGCAAGCUAUUGAAGCCGGUCUUUUAGAAUCUGGAAAGCGAACAGACAUCCGAGCCCCUGAAACCAUCGGGCUCAUGGCUGUAAGAUUCGAUGCUGUGUAUCGUCGAAAUGCAAUCACGACUGGCCGACAGACGCCGGACAGCCACGCACAGUGGGAGUCUCUCUACACUAACCCUGAAGUUGAGCCUCUCCUGGUCCUACUUGAUGAAGGGAUCCAUUACGUUCACCUCGACUUUGAGCAGUUGCAGUACAUACGUGAAGCUCGCGACGCUUUUGGACUACCUGUAAUGCCGGAGAAGGUCAUUACAAAUGCCUUAUGGAUGCAGAUGGAGCUACGCCAGAAAGUUCUCAAUGCCCAAGAUCAGGACCUUGAGCUCGGAAUAAGCAAACCUGCCUAUGAACAAAAUUUGACCGGGUCAAGUUCUCAAGCGUUAAUCGAACAUUCGGAUUCUAUGAAAGGUAAAUCAACAAUCAAUAGCAGAAACAAUGGUGUCUCGGAUGACAUGGAAUCUGGUAGCUGGGACAGCAACGGAAGACCUCGCAAAUUCUGGAUUCCGAGUGCCGACUGCAACAUCGUAAUGGGUGGAAACGCAGAGCCAGUUGUUACCACUUCCAACAAUGUACAUCGCCAAGCCAGCAGAUUGUCUGCAAGCAUGCAACCUGAAGAUGCUCAAUGGGCCACCGACUUCGUAUCAUCCCCAACGAAUGCUACUAAUCCUGAUGGCACUGCUCGAACAACGACUCAUAUCCCAGGACGGCCUGCCUCAGCUGGCGGCAGUAACGCUGGCCAGCCCAAGCCAAUAUCGUAUACCCACUUCCCUCCAUUUCGUUUCGCUGCCGAAUUCCCCAACCCACGCCUGUUGAAGGAGAAGAAAAGAGUCUACUCACGGACUGUCUUCUACGCAGGUAGUCUUUGGAAUAUCUACAUACAGAAAGUCCGCUCCAGUAAGAACGCACAGCUCGGCGUCUACCUUCACCGUGCCAAAGAACGAGAAACAGAGGAAAUCCUCGCAGGUACUGCAGGCUUCUCUCAAGGUAGCGUCGACGAGCGCAUCGGGCUGCUCGAACGCCAAAUGCUCCUCCGCAGCGAGCGCCGUCGUGGUCGUCCGAUGAUGAGUCCUCACCAAGAUCACUCCAGUAUGGUAGCUGGCGAAGACGAUACCAGCGGUAGUGGUGGUGAUCUCGAUUCACCUCAGAUCAUUGGUUCUUCAUCUCGUCCCCGCCGCAGACCCGCGGUCGAUCACCAGCCCAGCUACAACUCCCAUCAGGGGCUUGACUACAGGAACAAAGCUUCGAAAGCAGAUGCACUAUUCAGUACCACAGGCGAAGAGUCCGAUGACUCUUCGACCUUGGAACCAGACCUUCCAGAUCCAUCCGCGCGGAGAAAUCGUGCUGGCGCUACUUUGCCGCCUUACGUCGACGCGAGACCCACGAUUAAAACAUACUUCAAGAUUUACUCGCCGUCGAAAGGCGGCCGCCUGUUGAGUGUGUACGAGAGUGCGCCUGACAAAUUCAAUUUCAGUCAGAGUUGGGGCUGGAAGAGCAGCACGCUGAUGCUGGACGAGGGUAUGGGUACAAGUGGACCAAACACAAGCCCUGGGCUAGACGGAGACGAGGCUGAUGGUGAGAAUGAUAUCGAGUUCCAGAAGAGCAGGCAAAGGAGCGAUGGCAAGCUGAGAUUCAUGGUGGUGAUUGGGAAUUUAUAGAUUUCGGUGCUUUUGUGUAGCCUUGGUGUACGGAUGGGUCCCAGAAUGCACGCAUGAUAACAUGAUGGUCAUAGGAGUAUCGGUCCGCACUAUACCCUGUACAUUAGCUCUCCUUUCGCAUUUCACUCGCACUGGCAUCGAUCAGGCGUCUUUACCAAUGAUGCAUUAUGACCAUUUUAUCCAGUAAGCUCAGAACAUGAU